AUGUCCAACAACACCUCCUCAACCAACGAGCUCGUGUACCGUUUAGAGAGUGAACGUCCAACCGGUUAUCAGGUCAACGAUUUCGAGGCCUACGCUGACGCCAGCAUGGUUACACAUUGGCGCACAUACAAGCGCAAAACUCCAAACCACGUUCACGGCCGGGAUGUCGUUACUGUGUUGGGCGUCAGCAACGCCAUCGAUCUGAUCGAGAAUAACGUCAACGCCAUGGACCAAAUUGUCUGGGGCAUAACCCAUCCUGACGACUGCCAUCCCGGCGUCGAGUCCAUCAUCAGCAAUGCAGCCUUGGUCGACCUCCUCUUAGUCCGCCAUUACAAGAAGUGGGGCGGUCUUGUUCUCCCGCCUCUCCAAGCAGCCCGAGGGUUACAAGACGCCUAUGAGGUGGUCGCCCAGCAAGAAAAGCAGCGAGGAAUGACUUGGGCAUCUGGUCGUUCGCUGAUGAAGUACCCCAACUGGUAA